AUGGACGAACCAGGCUGGGCAUGGCCCGCCUGGAAGUUUAACAUGAGGAGGGAUGACCUCUUCACUUCUCUCCACGACCGAUACAACACUAUCACCUUCGCCCUUCAAGACCCCGAAGCCUUCCACCUCGAUGUCUUGGAGCUCUCUGUUCAGGCUGGUACUGCUGAGGAGUUCCACCAACUGAUGGCUGAGCGCAAGGACCAGCGCACCAAGGAGAUUAAUAACUGCUUUGAGUCUCUCGCCGUUGAAAUCAUCGCCAACCCUCGGUUGAUGGGUACCGAUCAGUGGCACCACGCCGUCCAGCUUUUCCGAACCAAAUCCUACGACUCUAUCGUUCGCUACUUUGCCAGCUACAUCCCGGAGGAGUAUAUUGAUGAGCAACAGUGCUCAUCACCAGCCUCUGAAGCCUUAACUUCGGAGGGCUACUCUACGUGUACCACCAGCACCAAUAUUACCGACGUCGAGGACAUGUCACAGUUUCUCGACCAGGAUGCCUUUUUCCCCAACGGUCCCGUCAUGGCCGUCCAGCCCUGCUCCAUGGAUGUACAGGCCCCCCUCUCUCCGCCGCACUCAGAGGCUUGCCCUUCAGAGGAUUCCGACGAUGCCAGCCUUCCCUCUACUGGCCGGUCCUCUCGAUCAGCAUCUUUCUGUGCCUCCGAAUCCGGAAGGCUUUCGGGUUUCCUCCGUCAUCUAUCGAAGGACGAUGACGAUACGACAUCUCAGUCUGACAGUGGUGAAACCGUACUCACGUCGGUUUGCGACUCUGUUGAGACGAUAUCGUCUAUUGAUCCAUCGGACCACUACAAUGACUCGAAAGCCCUACCCAUGACUCCUCAAGACGAUGAAGAUUGGGACAUUAACAACCUACCUAUUCAAUACUCUGAAGAAGAACUCGACGAUACCCUCACCUAUGAUACCCUGGAUUCCGAGAUAGCAACACCUAAACCGCUGCCGGAAACUACUAAUUAUCUCGAGCAUCCUUUCAAGGCUACUGCCAUCCGAGCCUUAUCCGCGAGGCGAUCCCAAUCGCCCAAAGCAUAUAUCAGAAACCGAACCUCAGCGACGGUGUCGCGUGUCAAUAGUCGGAGGAGCCCUGAAGAGGUCUUUUCCAAAAUACAAAAAGCCCCAACCGAGGCUGCCCGAAGGCGGCCGAGGACCGGAAUGGGGCUUGACUAG